AUGGUUGAGGGUUUUCUUUUACCGCAAUCGUCAAGAUGGCUAUGGACUGAUAGUUUAGGGUUUUCUCGUACCGCAAUCCAUGAAGAAGCCGUCAAGAAGGCUACGGCGACCGUAGUCGGUUCCGUGUUUUUGAGUUGUCCGUAUUCGCCCUUUGGGGUUUGGAAAUUUUGGAAUUUUGUAUUCAGGGCAUGGAAAUCCCAGGUUCGUUCACUGUCUUCGGCUUGCAAUCGAGAAAUCCGAAGGCUCAGUGGUGUUAUGGGGAAUAGGAGAUCCAGAGAUUUUGGUCUUGAUCGGAUUCUUGGAUUUGGAAUUUGGACGCGGCAAGAGUUUCAGAGAGGAGGCAGGGGUCAGGUUUUCAUCGGCGGCAAUCUAGAGGAGGAGGAGCGAACGUUAUUUGUGCCUUUUGGCUUGAGGGGAGGUGCAGUCGAUACCCGUACAAUUCCAAGCCCACAAGUCAAGAACCUGGAAGAGGACUCCCGACAACAGCAGUACUGUCAAGAAUUCAUCCGUGUUGUCUGGUGGAGUAAACAUAUUGAUGGUACUGAAAGAGUUGAAGACGAAGUUUGCCGACACUGGCUUUCUGGAAAGUGCGUGCGUGGCGAGGACUGCAAAUACUUGCACUCGUGUUCCUGUGGCAAUGGGUUUUCAAUGUUCACGAAGCUAGAAGGGCACAGCAAGGCUGUUAAAGGGAUUGCACUUCCUUCUGGCUCCUACACACUUUACACGGGUUGUAAGGACAAAACCGUACGAGUACGGGACUGCAAUACUGGUCAGUGCGUUCAAGUGGUUGAUCUUCCGGGUGAAGUUGGGUCGCUGAUCAGUGAGGGUCCAUGGGUAUUUGUGGGCAUGGAAGAAGAUGCUGUUAAGGUGUGGAACACACAGACGGGCAAUGAACUGACGCUUCUCGGACCAGUUGGACUAGUUCGUGCUUUAGCCACCACGGAUGAUAUGCUUUUUCGCUGCGACACAGGUGUGGGACCUGAAUACCUUGCUGUGUGUCCAAACACCACAAGGACAUGCAGGUGUCGUUAUGUGUGUUCUUUGCUGGGACAAGUAUUUGUUGUCCUGUCUUUGGAUAGAAGCAUAAGUUGGGGUUCCACCGAAGCUGGGGACAUAGAGAUGAUCUACACGCAUGAAGAAGAACAUGGCGUUCUUGGCCUCUGCGGGCUUAAUGAUGCUGAGGCCAAACCUAUUCUGCUCUGCUCAUGCCACGACAACUAUGUCCGGUUGUAUGACUUGCCAACGUUCGCUGAAAGGGGCAAGCUGUUUGCAAAACGAGAAGUGCGGGCAAUUCAGAUUGGCGCAGCAGGCACAGGCCUCUUCUUCACCGGGGAUGCAACGGGCCAAAUAACAGUAUGGAAAUUCGAUGCAGAGUUGAAGAAGCAGACAUCGUCCUCAUCAUCAUGAGCCAGCCAUUCUUAUGUUUAAGAAAGUGUAAUUAAUGUAUUUUGAUUGUUUCAUUCGUUGAUUCACCUUCCCGAGGUGUCUAAAUAUGCUCUUCUGCUGGAGGGGAAUUAGUUUGUUGAAUGAAUGAAGUUGAGUCUGUACGAAAGUUUAUUUGUUGAAUGCAAUAAAAUGUAUACGUUGUUGGUAUCAAGGCAUUCUUGUGUGCAAUUGAAA